GCAACAACCCAUUUUUUUUCGACGGCGUAAGAAUUUCCACCGCCGUAACGCCGUUGUUUUCUCCACGAAGCUUGAUUAGCUUAGGUUUUGAACACUGAUGUCAAACACAUUGAAAGAGUCAAGAGAGGAUAAUACAGAUUCUGUUGGUCAGAUGAGGGAAGAUAAUGAGUAUGUUCGGCUUGUUGUUGCUCAUGAAGCCUCCGCAGCUGAAACUGUGUUGUCUCUAUCGCAAUCAGAGGUGCAGAGUAAGAAAUUUAUGUGGUGGUUGAAAGCUUUGGGGAUAUUUGCAGUUGCUCUCUUGCUUACGCUUGUUUUCGGCAAAUGGGGAGUUCCGUUUGUGUUCCAAAAGGUUCUUAUUCCAAUUUUGCAAUGGGAAGCAACUGCGUUUGGCCGUCCUAUGCUCGCGAUUGUCCUUGUUGUUUCCUUGGCUUUGUUCCCUGUGUUCUUGAUACCUUCUGGUCCUUCCAUGUGGUUAGCUGGGAUGAUUUUUGGUUAUGGUCUCGGUUUUGUUAUAAUCAUGGUUGGAACCACCAUUGGCAUGGUCCUUCCUUACCUAAUCGGGCUAAUGUUCCGUGAUCGCCUCCAUCAAUGGUUAAAAAGGUGGCCUCGUCAAGCUGCUGUUCUUAGACUAGCUGCAGAAGGAAGCUGGUUCCAUCAAUUUAGAGUCGUGGCAAUCUUUCGGGUUUCCCCAUUUCCUUACACGAUUUUUAACUACGCAAUUGUUGUGACAAGCAUGAGAUUCUGGCCUUACUUCUUCGGAUCCAUAGCAGGAAUGAUACCAGAAGCUUUCAUCUACAUUUACAGUGGUCGGUUGAUCAGAACAUUCGCUGAUGUGCAAUACGGACAUCAACGUUUGACAACAGUGGAGAUUGUGUACAAUGUAAUCUCCUUAAUCAUUGCGGUUGUGACCACUGUAGCUUUCACUGUCUACGCGAAAAGAGCUUUGAAAGAGCUUCAAAACGCAGAAGCUAAUGAAGAUGAAGAAGUUCCGGCGAAGUUGAAGCUCUACUCUUACUGGAGAAGCUCGUGUGCUCAUCGCGUCCGUAUCGCUCUCACUUUAAAAGGGCUUGAUUAUGAAUAUAUACCAGUGAAUUUGCUCAAAGGGGAUCAAUCCGAUCCAGUUUAUCGUUUUGAUCCUCAAGAUUUCAAGAAGAUCAAUCCAAUGGGCACUGUACCAGCGCUUGUUGAUGGAAAUGUUGUGGUUAAUGAUUCUUUCGCAAUAAUAAUGUAUCUGGAUGAUAAGUAUCCUGAGCCACCGCUGUUACCAAGUGACCUCCAUAAACGCGCGGUAAAUUACCAGGCGACGAGUAUUGUCAUGUCUGGUAUACAACCUCAUCAAAACAUGGCUCUUUUUAGGUAUCUCGAGGAAAAGAUAAAUGCCGAGGAGAAAACUGCUUGGAUUACCAACGCUAUCACAAAAGGAUUCACAGCUCUCGAGAAUCUGUUGGUGAGUUGCGCUGGAAAAUACGCGACUGGUGAUGAAGUUUACUUGGCUGAUCUUUUUCUAGCACCACAAAUCCACGCAGCAUUCAACAGAUUCCAGAUUAACAUGGAACCAUACCCGACUCUUGCAAAGUUUUACGAGUCAUACAACGAACUGCCUGCAUUUCAAAAUGCAGUCCCAGAGAACCAGCCAGAUACUCCUUCCACCAUCUGAUUCUGCGAACCAUAAGCUUCUCUCAGCUCAAUAAAAAAAAACCUCAUAC